AUGGAAAAAUACUUCAAAAGGAAAUCAUUGUUUGAAGAAUCAAGUUCAACUCCUGAAAAUAGUGAUGAACCUCAAAUAACUCAACAAUAUUCAAAACAAGCUCAUGUUGAAGUUGAUUUAAAAAAUUUGCCCGCGGAUCCAGGACUUCGUCCCUUAAUUUCAACUUAUCAUCCUAAUGAUCAAGAUAAAGUACGGAGAGCAUACUUACAAAAAGGACCUUGCCAACCACGUAAUCAUAAUUUUCCACAAACAAGCAUUGGGAAUGUGUUGCGUCGAUUUAAUCCGAGUUGGUUUGAUGAGUAUGGCAAUUGGUUAGAGUAUAGCAUAGCUAAAGAUGCUGCAUUCUGUUUAUAUUGUUAUCUUUUUAAACCAGAUAUCAGAAAGCAAGGAAGUGCAGACUCAUUUGUCAUUGAAGGUUUUACAAAUUGGAAUAAGAAAGAUAGAUUGAAAACUCAUAUCGGUGGGCUCAAUAGUGCCCAUAAUCAAGCUUAUAGGAAAUGUCAAGACUUGAUGAAUCAAAAUCAAAAUAUUCAAUCUAUUUUGAUUAAGCAAGGAGAUCAAGCUCGAAGUGAAUAUCGCACAAGAUUAACUGCUUCUGUAGAUUGUCUUCGAUUUCUUUUGCGACAAGGGCUACCUUUUCGUGGUCAUGAUGAAUCUGAGGAAUCAAACAAUCAAGGAAAUUUUCUUGAACUCUUGCAUUUUCUUGCUAAACACAAUGAAGCCAUCAAUAGUGUUGUUUUGAAGAAUGCUCCUAGCAAUCUAAAAUUAACAGCUCAUGAUAUUCAAAAUGACAUUAUAAGUGCUGCAGCAAGCGAGACAACAAAGGCAAUUAUUAAUGAGUUAGGAGAUGAUUUAUUUGCAAUCUUGGUAGAUGAAUCUCGUGAUGUCUCAAAUAAGGAACAAAUGGCUCUUGUUUUGCGUUACAUGAAUAAUAAAGGUUGUAUUGUUGAACGCUUUUUAGCUAUUGUUCAUGUCUCUGACACUACUGCAUUGUCACUCAAAGAAGCAAUUGAGUCUAUAUUCUCUAAGUAUGGACUAAGUUUAUCAAGAUUACGUGGACAAGGUUAUGAUGGAGCUAGCAACAUGCGGGGUGAAUUUAAUGGUUUGAAAAGUUUGAUUUUGAAGGAAAAUGAGUUUGCCUUCUAUAUUCAUUGCUUUGCACAUCAACUUCAAUUAACUCUUGUAGCAGUUGCAAAAAAUGAAGAUUCGGUUGCUUCACUUUUUCAGAAUGUUAGUUGUUUACUUAAUGUUGUUGGAGCUUCAUGUAAGAGAUAUGAUAUUCUUAGAGAAAGUCAAGCUUCUAGAGUUGCCGAAGCUCUAAAAAAUGAUGAGCUUGCAAGUGGAAAAGGCUUAAACCAAGAAAUUAGUCUUAAACGUGCCGGUGAUACUAGAUGGGGUUCACAUUAUGGAACAUUACUAAACUUAAUUAUUUUGUUCCCUUCUGUGAUUGAUGUACUUGAAAAUGUUGGUGAGAAUGGUUUGAAUUCAGAGCAAAGGGUGGAAGCACAAUUCUUAUUGCAAAUGCUUCAAUCUUUUGAUUUCAUUUUCAACUUACAUUUGAUGAGAAAUGUGCUAGGCAUUACAAAUGAAUUGUCAAAGUCUUUACAAAGAAAGGAUCAAGACAUAGUUAAUGCUAUGGAGUUGGUUAAAAUAUCUAAACAAAGGCUUCAAAUGAUGAGAGAUGAUGGAUGGGAUCUUUUAUUACAUGAAAUCCUUUCUUUUUGUGGAAAAUAUAGCAUUUUGGUUCCUAGUAUGGAUGAAAAAUAUUCACCUCCUGGAAGAUCACGACGUAAAGUUGUUGAUAUCUCAAAUUUGCAUCAUUAUCGAGUUGAGUUAUUCAAUGUUGUUAUAGAUAGACAACUUCAAGAGCUCAACAACCGUUUCACCGAGAUUAAUACGGAGUUACUUCUUUGUGCAACAUGUCUCAACCCAAGUGACUCUUUUUCUGCUUUUAAUAAAGAGAAAUUGAUUCGCUUUGCUCGCUUUUAUCCUCUUGAGUUUUCAGUUGUGGAUGUUAUGGGGCUUGACAGUCAACUUGAAACUUAUAUUAUUGAUAUGCGCUCUAAUCUUGAAUUUUCGGGUAUUAAAGAGAUUGGUCAACUUACUGAGAAGUUGGUUGAGACAAAGAAGAAUAUUGUUUAUCCACUUGUGUUUCUAUUGGCUAAACUGGCUUCAAUAUUACCUGUUGCAACUGCAAGUGUAGAAAGGACAUUUUCGGCAAUGAAAAUUGUGAAAAAUCGGCUAAGGAACCGUAUGGGAGAUAAUUUGAUGAAUGAUUGUUUGGUAACAUAUAUUGAAAGAGAUAUAUUCAACAAUAUUGAUAAUGAAACAAUCAUCCAACGGUUUCAAAAUAUGAAAUCUCGUCGUGGACAACUAUGA